AUGUCGCCACUCCCCAAGUCGCUGGAGUUGCCUCCUCCCGAGGUCCCCAAUGCCAUCAUCAGCUUCCCGUCGCCUCACAUCCUCCUCGUCACCCUCAACCGCCCCAAGCAGCUCAACUCUAUCCCGCCGGCGGGCCACAUCGCCCUAGAUGCACUCUUCCGCUGGUACGACGAGGAGCCAUCGCUGCGCUGCGCCAUCCUCACCGGCGCGGGCCGCGCCUUUUGCGCAGGCGCCGACCUCAAGGACUGGAACGAGCGCAACAACGCGCAGGGAGGCGAGAGCCAGCAGCAGAAGGCGGCCCAGCGCAAGAGCCAGCUCUGGAUGUCGUCGGGCUUCGGCGGCCUGUCGAACCGCGCGGGCAAGAAGCCCUUUAUCUGCGCGGUCAACGGCCUGUGCCUCGGCGGCGGCAUGGAGAUCGCCAUCAACGCGGACCUCGUGGUCGCCAGCGCCGACGCCAAGUUCGGCCUGCCCGAGGUGACCAUCGGCGUCGUGGCGCUCGCCGGCGCCCUGCCGCGCAUCAUCCGCAGCGUCGGCAAGCAGCGCGCGUCCGAGAUGGUGCUGCUGGGCAAGCACUUCUCGGCCGACGAGAUGCUGUCCUGGGGCCUCGUCAACGAGGUCGUGCCCCGCGGCGGCGAUGUCGUGGCCGCGGCGGUCAAGAUGGCGGAGCGGGUGGCGGGCAACUCGCCCGACUCGAUCAUCACGAGCCGCGAGGGCAUGCGCCUCGGCUGGGAGGGGGUCAACCCGGAGGUCGGCACGGAUAUACUCGAGUCGGGUCUGUACGGACGUAUGAACGGCGCGGAGAACAUGAAGGAGGGUGUGCUGAGCUUUGUGGAGCGGAGGAAGCCGAGCUGGAAGGAUAGCAAGCUGUGA